GGACAGUUCUCAGGUAAGUCUCUGUUAUCGUCAUGGAAACGUCUCCUGUUCAGGUCUGACUGUUGUUGUUGUUUUCAGGUCACUCAUGGAUUUCAACGUCACAGAGAGUCUGAAUGAGAUUGGUCCGUGUGUUUACAGAGUCUCCAUGAAGCUGCUCUCUCUGCAGAAACUCUGUCACUUGGACAUCGUGUCCUCGCGACACAUCAUGGUGGCCGUCCAGGCUGUGGGCGGGGCUCAGCGGCAGCCGGAGGUGGAGCUGAAGAGGGAGGACAUGAUCUGGAUUGUGAAAAGGAUGUUUGACAGCGUGUCACAGGAAGUGCCUGAUCACAUGAUCAUGGAGGCUUUAGAGGAAACAAGUGACCUGAUACUAACCACAUUUGAGCGGGCCAGUGCUGGUAGUUUAUCAGUGGUGUUUCUUCAAACAUGUCUCAUCACUCUGUCGUCUGACGACCUGAUGACCAAAUACAGAGCGCUGACCUCCAUGUGUCAGUCGACGUCAGGAAGCGUCAGUAGAUCUGAACUAUGGUGUUUACUGAACAACCUCAGUCAGGUUCCUGCCACGGUUCAGGAGGGCGUGGUCUUUGGUGACAUAGACACAGCAGUGAGCUUGUGUUUUAACAGGGUGCUGACUCCAACAGUGAACGUGGAACACGUGUUGUCAUGGCUGCAGACUGAACCCUGCCUGUUACUAUGGUUACCAACUCUGUACCGUCUGUCUGUCAGUCAGAACGUCAGUCACAACGUUCGCUGUCACACCUGCAAGACUUUCCCCAUCAGUGGACUGAGGUAUCGGUGUCUGAAGUGUGUGAACGUUCACGUUUGUCAAAGCUGUUUCCUGAACGAACGACAGUCUAAGAAACACAAGAGGCUCCACCCACUGAUGGAAUACUGCACACAGCCCACCUGGAGAGAGACAGUGUCCUCAUUGGUGCGAAGCGCUCGUUUCACUCUGUUACCACGGCGACUCACUCAGAGAGAGGCUGAAAGCAGGAAGUGGGAGGAGCCAGUGGAGACUCAAAACAGAGCUCCGCCCCCUUCUGAUGCCUCACCACGAUUGGGAGACACAGUUGUCCAUCACAGUCAUAGCCCCGCCCCCUUAGCAGAGCCUCAUCGCUGUCGCUCAUCUAAAGGUCAACAGACGGACGAGACGCCAACACGUCAGGAGGCGACCAAGAUGAUAGACAUCACAAACCUGCAGCGAGACAAAUGGCUGCUGGAGCAGGAAAUGUGGGCGUGGCGAAUCACCGUCCAAUCAGAGCAGAGCAUCCUGGAGGACCGGUGCUCAGAGAUGGAAGUUGCUGUGAAAACCCUGAGACAGCAGAACGUCAGCCUGCAGGGGGCGCUCACUCAGGCUUUGAACAAAAUGGAGGCUGAACAACACAUGACACACAGAGACGUCACCACGGAGACGGAUGACGUCAUGCUGACCUCCGACCCUGAGGUGGAGGAAGAGGAGGAGGAAGAGGAACUACUACUGAUAGAAGAAGAAACUCCGUCUCCCACAAUCCACUGGGGCUCGACUUCAUCACAGGAAGACUGUGAGGAGGAGGAGCCCGAAGAUCAUGGACGUCUGUCUCAACCAAUAAGAGAAGACGAAGAACCAGAGGAGAGAGGACGACAGGAAGAAGUUGAGGAAGAAGAGGAUGACGGGAAAUGGAGUCCAGAGGAGCUGAUACAGAGAACUGUCUACAGACUGAAGACUGAGCUGGAGACAGACAGACAGACAGGUUACAUGAAGUGGGCAGAGCUUGUGGAGGCAGCAGAGCAGGUGGGAGGAGCUGUCCACUUUCUUGUGGACACAGUGAUGAACACAUACUGAGCAAGUCAACUGGAUGCCUCUUUUUUCUGCAGCCUUUGGAGGCGGGGCCCAAUGAGGGUUUGGGGGCGGAGCAAGAGGGCGAGCACAGCAGGUAAACCAACGAGGUGUGAGGCUGCACUGGCGUGACCACGCUAGAAUAUGACGGAGGGAGGCGGAGCCAUGUCCGAGCCUCGGGAGUCCUUUCUGUCGUUUCAUGAUUAGCUGCAGGGACACUGGUGGGCGGGGCCUCAGGCUGACGGACAGCUGGGAUGACCAAUUGGACAGUCUGUGUACUGUGACUGACUUUGACCACCUGUGAAGAGGAAGACGUGAGACGUUUGGGUUUCAUCCAAAGAUGCUGUCGAUGAUGUCACACUCACCUGACACCUGGAUGCCACCCUGAAGCCCCGCCCCCUACUCCUUCUCUUCCUACUGUAGACAGACUCAUUACAGUCCAGUAAUGGCAGCAAGGCACUGCUGUUUUCACCACGCCCCUUCUUCUUUUGGCUCCUCCUACCAUAUCUGAGCGUGAAGACAGAACGUUUUCAUGUUUUUAUUAAAAUAAACUUGAUUCACAA